GACGUCGCACGCGCGCACCGGUGGAAAGACGGGGUGGCGGCGGGCCGGGGGUCCGCGGCGUUCGCCAUGGUUCCGCGCGUGCACCUCCCACCCGAGAUCCAGCUGGCCCAGCGCCUGGCGGGAAACGAGCAGGUGACCCGGGACCGGGCGGUGAAGAGGCUCCGGAAGUACAUCGUCGCCAGGACUCAGCGGGCCGCAGGUGGUUUCACUCACGACGAGCUGCUGAAGGUCUGGAAGGGACUGUUUUACUGCAUGUGGAUGCAGGACAAGCCGCUCCUCCAGGAGGAACUAGGGAGGACCAUAGCCCAGCUUCUGCAUGCUUUUCAGACGACAGAGGCACAGCACCUGUUCCUGCAGACAUUCUGGCAGACCAUGAACCGCGAGUGGACAGGCAUCGACAGACUACGCCUGGACAAGUUCUACAUGCUCAUGCGGAUGGUCCUGAACGAGUCCUUGAAGGCCCUGAAGACACGCGGGUGGGAAGAAAGGCAGAUGGAGCAGCUGCUGGAGCUGCUGACGACGGAGAUCCUGCACCCCGACAGCCAGGCCCCCAGCGGGGUGAAGUGCCACUUCCUGGAGAUCUUCCUGGAGGAGCUGAGCAAAGUGGGCGCUGCUGAGCUGACGGCGGACCAGAACCUCAAGUUCAUCGAGCCCUUCUGCGCCAUCGCUGCUCGCACUCGGGACCCCCUGGUUUUGCAUAACAUCACUCGGGGCGUCUUCGAGGCGAUCGUGGAACAGGCCCCGUUUGCCAUCGAGGACCUUCUGGACGAACUGGAUGCGCAGGAGGGGGAGGAGGGGACGUCGGAGGACGAGGAGGGCGAGCGGGAUGCACCGUCCGCGGAGCCAGGCUCCCCCCGUGGGGCUGCACCCCCCGACAGGAGCGACGAGUCGCUGGGACGUGGUGAGGACGCCGUGGGCCCUGUCCUCCAGUUUGACUACGAGGCCGUGGCCGGCAGACUGUUCGCGGUGGCCAGUGAGCAGAGCACCCCUUCCCAGAACCGGAAGCGCCUCUACAAAGUGAUCCGGAAGUUGCAGGACCUCGCGGAAGGCACCUUCCCAGAGGAUGACAUACCGGAAAAAGCCUACAGGAACCUUCGAGACGAGGAGCAGGAGAGGAGGCCAAGGAAGCGUUUGCCCAAAGCCAGGUCACAAAACCAUCCAGGGAAAGGCAGGAAGGAGGACUCGUGUCCAGACCCAAGCUCCGGAUCCAAGAGGAGGAUGAGGCGGCGGCGGCGGCGGCGGCGGCGGGGUUCGGGGGCUGAGCCCGUGGCACCCCAGGAACAGCGUGGGGGCCCAGGCGGGAGAGGGGCUCAGAAGAAGAGGCGGCGGCUUCGGGCUGGGGCCAAAGCGAAGGGGGCCAGAUGCCAGGAGCUACAGACCGAGCAGCGGCUGCUGCAGGGCCAGAAGUGACCCCAGCAGGCCCAGCACACGCAGGGAGGUGCUGUCCCUCUGGCUUCUUGCGCUGAGUGGUGUUG